UUCCCACAUACACAGUUGCAGCAAGAAUCAAAGUGGUAGUCGUCAAUUUGAUUCACGGAGAUAAUGCGUCAGUUUUUUUGUAAAGUUUUUAUGCAUCCGCACCCGAUCUGAUGACGUCGCCAUGCGAGCGUGCCUGUACCACACAGCUCAGUAAAAUAAAACCAGACGCUGGCCGGCCUUCUACCAGUCCGAUGCGCAAAGCGCGCGUCACCGGUACCGCGAAUACUUUUUUAAACUUUUUUUUUUAAGAAUCAACACAAAUAGACCGCGAGUGAAAAAGUUUUAAAACAAACUUUCACAAAAAUGCUUACGCUCCUGCUGGUCGUAGUUUGUUUUACUACGAUAAAUGCACUUGAAUGCUUGGAGAAGGACCGAUACAAUUUGACCGGAUCGGCUGAGCAGGACGGUGUGUAUUACCUUAACGGACUGCAGUUUUCCAAUCAUUAUGUGUUUAAUAAAGUAGUUGAUGGUGUUAAUCAGACUUUCGGCUGCGAUUGUAAAAGUCAACCUUGUUUUGUCAAAUGUUGUCCUCUCGGUUAUAUAAAGAAGUUUCUUGAUCCUGAAUGCAAACCAGCACAGGGGACGUUGAAGGAUCGUGUCCAAAAUAAUGAAGUUACUCUCAAUUUUAUCGACACUUACAAGAAACAGUUGGACAUUAAAGAAGUGAAGUUGAUGUAUGGAAUCGGCUGUCCUUUUUAUUUAGAAAACUUGAACUGGUAUGUUCAGGAGGACGGAAGGUUGUUCAUCCAAGUGCCCGGCAGUGUAAACCCCUGGCAGAAAAGGGACCCCGACGAGUACUGCAUAGACAGCUUUAUACAAGAACAUGAGGAUGGAUCGACUAGUACCAAGCUGGACGCGCUGGUGUGCUUCCCUCAGGAUGAAGAAGAUAGCUCAAGUUACAUCGUCAGUUCCACUUGUAUGCUGAUCUCAUCAGCGUUCUUCAUCGUCACCAUAGCGGUGUACGCGCUGCUGCCCGAACUGCAGAACCUGCACGGGCGGGUGCUGAUGGUGUACCUCGCCUGCAUGUGCGUGGGGUUCACCUUCCUCGCCGCCAUGCAGAUUAUGAUCACCGUCAAUAACACCACGAUUACUAUCUGCAUGGGACUCACAUUCGUGAUCUACUUUGCUCUGCUAUCUGCCUUUUUCUGGCUCAACGUCAUGUGUUUCGAUAUUUGGUGGACUUUUAGUGGCAAGCGUGGUCUGUCUUUCGAGAAGCUGUCAAUGCGCGCGCGUUUCUGCGCCUACGCAGCGUAUGCCUUCGGGUUCCCGACCGGCUUGACGAUAAUCCUAGCAGCACUCGAGUUCUCCGGUCUACCCUUGCACCCAGCCAUGCCCAUGUUGAGACAACAGGGAUGCUUCCUUCACGGCACAAGUAGAUUGCUGUACUUGUACGGCCCCAUGUUGGUCCUCUGCGUGGCGAACAUCGUGUUUUUCAUACUGACCGCGUGGAAGAUCAAUCAGAUUAAACAACAAAUGCAGAAGACCCUCAAGUCCAAGGACAGCGCUACUACAGACCAGCACCGGAAUGACAGACAAAGACUACUUCUCUACGUGAAACUCUUCACCAUAAUGGGAAUCAACUGGAUCCUGGAGGUCAUCAGCGGCCAAUACCCACAGACCAACACAGUGUUUCGCAUCAUUGACGCCUACAACGUCAUGAUCGGCGUCUUCAUCUUCAUCAUCUUCGUUUGCAAGCGCAAGAUCUUCCGCCUUAUGAAAAAGAGGUUCAAUGAAACAUUUCACAUCUCACACAGCGAUAGUGGAGACAGGCCGAUAGGCCACAAGGACGUGAGGAAUUGGAAGGAGUAUCAGCAGCAAAGAGGCAGUCUUGAUACAGUACAACCAGAUGCGCGGGAAACCCAUGUCCCGCACACAGACGCAAACGACCUCGACGCACACGCUGUCCACCCGGGAUGAUGUCCGCAUGAACUCUCUCAAGAAUAACCAGGAAGCUUGAGUCCUCUGAACGGUC